GUUUUUCAAGAAAAAAUGUCUACAAUUAAAAGAUUUAUAUGUAAAUGAAAGCGAUAUGUAAGAAUUAUUUAAAUAUAUAUUAAUUUCUAUCGAUGAGUUUUAUCGAAGAUAGUAUUUCUUUUGUAAUGUAUAACCUUAAGAAGAUAUUUGCAUGACUCUACGCACGUUAUAUGUUUACUACUAGGUAUAUCGACAAUGCUAUCAGUUUUGGAUGGUUUCUCGAAGUGACAAGACCGUGAUUCCGUAUACAUGCUCUUAAUACUAAAAACUUGUGGCUGGUUCAACAAAUACGAUAAAUCAUAAAAUAAAUAUUCAACAAGAUAUCAAAAAAAAGCUUAUUAGAGCAUGACAAUCUUAAAAUUAUUAUUAAUUAGUAUAUUAUACAUUGCCGCAAUGGCAAUAGCGAAUCCUACCGACGAAAGAUGGGAAGUCAUACAGCGUAAUGCAUUUAAUUACAAUUCGUCAGACUACAUACUACCGUUGCAUUAUGAGAUGCAAUUAAAAUUAUUCGAUUACUCGAUUCGAUACUCCGAUUAUCUCAACGGCAAAUGCAUAAUUAUAAUUUAUAUUAUUUUUGCAACACAACACAUAAGUUUUCAUGCACCAUCUUUGAUGAAUAUAAUAAAUUCGAAGUUAAAGCAAAUUAACAAUGAGAGUGAGAUUAUUUAUAGCAUAAAAUCUAUACAUAAUGAAGAUAAUAUUAGAGUUUUCAAUUUCGAUAAUAUGCUGUUACCUGGAAUUUAUACUCUGUAUAUAAAAUAUAACAUUCGAAUUAAUGAAGACUUUUUCGAAUGUAUGUAUACGGAUGAAGGAGGAUAUAAAGACAGGUGGUUAAUUGCAACAGGUUUCCAACCAAAAAAAGGACAAAUAUUUCCGUCUUGGGACAAGCCAAAAUUAAAACUCUCUUUUAAUAUUUCCAUUAUGCAUCAUCAAAAAUACAUAGCUCUAUCGAAUAUGCCAAUAAGAGUAACUAAAUUUGCGCCUAAUGAUAUGAUGUGGACAUAUUUUCACCAAACCUCUUUGAUAUCCAUGGAUAGUAUAGUAUUUGUUGUAUCCAAUCUUCAACGGAACUUAAACUCUGUUGAGACCGUCAACGUGUGGUGCAGACCACAAUUAGUAUCACACAUAAUACACGCGCAAUCCUUUGCUGAAAAUAUCACUAUGUACUUAGAAAAUUUCUGGAAUAAUUCGAGGAGAAUCCUGGAGUGGACACUUCUUUCUGCUAAAAGGAAAGUGGAUCAUAUUGCAAUCCCGGACUCUAGUUAUGAAGUCAAGCAAACUUUGGGAUUUGUUUUUUAUAAAGAAUCAGAUAUCAUCUAUAAUGAAGAAUUAGAUCCUGUCACGCGAAAAAUGAUAAUUGCGCGUUUAAUAGCACGCGAAAUGGCACAAAAAUAUAUCGGCAAUCUGUUGAGUCCAACUUAUUGGUUUCAUCUAUGGUUAAACGAAGGUUUUAUCAUGUUUCUUCAAACAUAUAUUAUCGAGAAGACUAUGCCAAAAUUCCGGAUGAUGGAUUUGUUCGUAGUUCAGGUUCAACAUGAAUUACUCAAUCUAAACUCGUAUCUCGUUAUAAAUUCUGUUAUGGAAUAUAACAACUAUCCUGAAAAUUAUUUAUUCUUUUCUCUUUCCCAUAUUAAAGGAUCCAUUAUAUGGCGCAUGUUAGAACGAACUUUGUCGUCUGAUGUAUUUUCAAUAGGUAUCCACAGGUAUUUGGACGAUCAAUUCACUAAGCCUAAAGCAACUACUUCCGAUCAUUUAUGGACCACUAUGCAAACUGUCAUGAAUGCAUUAAAUCCCAAGUAUCAGUUUGACAUAAAAAGAAUGGUAGAUUCGUGGGCUAUGCAGAGAUGUUUUCCCGUGUUGGAGGUGAUGCGAAAUAAUUCUCGCGAUGUUGUAACAGCAUCGAUACAAUUUCACGAUGAGUUGGAUGAGAAGCAAUAUUACAUACCUUUGACUUAUACUACGGAGUCGAAUCUCAAUUUUAACGUAACGUGGUCAGAUGUUUGGUUAACACCAUCAUAUUCCAAAUUUGAAUUCUCUCUUAAAAAAGAUCAAUGGAUCAUUUUCAACAUACAGCAAACUGGUAAAUAUAAUUCAUUUAUAAAUGCUUAUAUUAUAAAAAUUGAAUACUUGAAUUCUGAAGAAUAUAGGAAUAUACAUGUUCUCAAUCGAGCACAAAUCAUCGAUGAUGCAUUUUAUUUUGCGGUAGAGAAGAAACUUGAUUUUUCCAUAUUUUGGCAACUCGCUAAUUAUUUGUCAAAAGAAACAGAUUAUAUCGCAUGGUAUCCUAUGCUCAAAAUUUUUGAAUUUAUAUCGAAUAUGUUCGCAUUCUUUGAAUUUCAUGAAUUCAAAACAAAAGUCGAGGCAAUAGUAAUUCCGCUAGUAUAUAUGAAAUGGUUUACAUAUUACGCUAGUACUCCAAUGUCCGGCGACGAUCAUACUAAAUGUUUAAAGCAAGAACUCGCAAAAUGGAGCUGUAUUGUCAAUAGUAUCCUAUGCAGAGCAAUAGUCGGAAAUCGAUUGCAACAGCAUUUGACAAAUCCUGAACAGAAUAAACUUUUGCCUGGAUGGAAGAAAUGGACAUACUGUAAUGGUAUGAAAAUAGCAAAUCUUGAUACAAGUAAUAAACUUGUUGAUAAACUCUUUAAUGAAACCUAUAAGGAGAAAAAUUUUGAUCAUACCAUUUUGGAAUGCUUGACUUAUUCUGAAAGCCCUGAAAUCAUAAUCUACUAUUUAGAGAAAAUAUUACCAAAAGUUGCUCCAAUAUAUGAGUAUAAACUACUUGUUUUUGAUUCUGAACAAUUAGAACGAGCAAGAGAACGUACUGAUGCUUUAAUUGCUAAUAUUUUUCUUUCUAUUCUCGCGAGAAAUACUCAGUACAUGCUUAAAGACAUAUUAAAGAAUUUCAAAAAAGUAAAAUUCAGGCGAGUCAAUGAUAUUGCAGCAUUAACCGUUAUAAUUAACAAUGUAUAUUCUAAAGAGCAGUUUGACGAGAUACGCAAAUUUGUAAAAGACGAAUUAGAGACGGAAUUAUCAAUUUCCGCUGUUAAACGCAAGUUAGAAACACGAUCGUUGGAGAUCGACAGACAAACAAAAUAUUUUCAAUCUUUGUUCAGUUUAUUGAAAAACUAAAGAUCUGCAACAUACCGAACUGCUUAGAAAUCAAGAACACAGUGUUAAAAAUGUUUGAGAUAGUAUGUUAUAAACUUAUACCUGAUUAUUAUUUUUAAAAAGAUUUUAAUAAUUAUUUAAUUGUUUUGAAUUAU